UUUGGUCUGUUCGAGUUUCUGUAGUGUUAGUGGCGAUCAACUCAGCUUCCUGUUCCUCUACUCCACUUUUCAUCCCAGCAUGGAUCGCUUUUUCAGCUCAUUUUCGUUGUUUUGCCCGUAGUUUUUAUUUAUUCAUCCCCGUGUGUUUUAUCCUUUGUUUUCCUUAACGCCAUGUUUACCACUACCGGUUCCCGGGGCCUCUACAAGGCUCCUCUGUCCAAAGGUCUCUUGCUUGUACUGAGCGGAUUGACAGUGAUGCUCAGCCUUUUGCCAAAAUACCAGCACAUGUUUGAGUACAACCUGCAAGCUGUCAGCCACCAGCAACAGGUGUGGCGGUUUGUGUGCGGCCGACUGGUGUGUCUUGAUGUGAAGGACUCCUUUUGCAGCGGGCUGCUCAUUUACAACUUCCGAAUUUUUGAGAGAAGGUUCGGUUCCAGGAAGUUUGCUUCCUUUAUGGUGGGUACCUGGUGUCUCUCUGCACUGCUGGACUUCCUGUUGGCUCAAACUUUCUCCUUCCUCUUCAAGUAUGAAGUGGAGGAGUUGCCCGCUGGGUUCCUGGCCCCAGUAUUUGCCCUCUUUGUGCCUUUCUACUCGUCCAUCCCCAGGGUGUCAGUCACCCAGGUGCUGGGCCACAUCAACAUCACCAACAAGACUUUGGUCUACAUUGUCGGGCUGCAGCUCUUGACAUCUAGCCCCUUCAUGUGGCUCCUGGUGCUCAGCGGACUGAUUUCGGGCGGUUUGUACCACUCCAACGUUCUCUGGCUCCAGAAGUUUCUCUUUGUGCCUGGCUGGCUGUGUACUGUUGCACGCUACCUCCUGGAGCCCCUCUUCUCCAGUUCACACCCAACCAGUGAGGCGCCUUUGGGAAUGGGAGCCACGCUGGACAUCCAGAGACAACAGCGGAUGGACCAACUGGAUCAGCAGCUAAUGUUGGCCCAGUUCAACGAGGCUCGUGCGAAUGCCAGACAUCAAGCACAAGCUGGGUUGCUACAGUGGAGCAGGUUGUUCCCCUCAAUGAGACGCAGGAGAGUGGCCCAGCCGCAGGCUCAGGGUCAGCCUUCCACACCUCCGCCACCGUUAGACAACUCUGUCGCUGAGGAGCAGGUUGCCAGGUUGGUGGAAAUGGGCUUUUCUCGACUCGAUGCCCUCGAGGCUCUCCGAGCGUCCAACAAUGACAUCAACAUGGCAACCAACUUUCUCCUUCAGCACUGAGAUCCCUGAGAGUAGGAUGAGAAGCAAACCAAAGCGUCGCAGCUGAAGAUAAAAAGCAGAGAAACGAUCGAGGAAAUAAAGAUGAUGGAAGGGUAAUGUUUUGCUAGUCCAGGUAAUUUAAAGGCUCUGUGAAGGCUGCAUAAGGCUGGUGUCGCUACUUACGGAACAUUUUGGACCGACCCAGGAGACUUUAUGGACAAAGUGGGACAUCAUACAGGACAGUUGUACAAAUGACAAGGCUCAUAUUAUAAUUUUGAUUUAAAAAAAAAAAAAAAAAAAAAAAAAAAUCACCUGAUGUGAUUCAACUAGCCCCAAUUGUACAAGAAGUCCUCGGUUUAUGACAGUCCAGACACUCCAGGUUUCGAGAGGUUGCAAUAGUUUUUGGAGAACUACAGAACCCUGGUGCGAAUAAAAUAAAUAUGCAAGUUGUUGACAUCUGCUAUAGUUGCAAUGGCUGACACCUGAGUACAAAUUCUGACUUCAUCGCUACUAUGGGAAUGGAACAAACCAAGGACCCCUGUGUACCCUGAUAUAACCAGUGACCUUCGUAACUGUGGUGAUCGUAUGCAAAACAUUCUAGAACAUAUCCUCUAAUCAGAUAAAAUAUAUUUUUAUACAGUUUUCAUGUCACACUGGAGUAAAAAAUGUGCAUUGUUUAACUCCGCAAGGUAACAUAGUCUUACUCUUAACACUAAAACAUUUCAUUUUACAGUUUAAAAAUUGAGCACACGCUCAGAAUCCGCUUUAUUUUGAUGCCUACUUGUCCAUACGUUUUGUCUAAAAUGUGUUUAUUCUUUUAACAAGUCAAAGUGACAGAAAGCAGCACAUCUUUGUGAGGACACGUGUUCAUUCCGUCUUACAGGUUAGCUGGCUUAUCUCAGGUGAGACCACGUGUUCUAUUUCAUCACAAAAUGUUUCUCAAGGACAAAACAUUAGGUACACCUGUUCCCCAACUGAAUUGUGAUAAAGCACGGUUUUGAUAUGGGUUUGUGUUUCAAGAAAGGCACUGUUAUAUGAAUAAAGUAUUAUAUAACAUUAUACAGUACAAUUUAAAAAACUAGAACCUCAACAAUACAGUUGUAAGUUUAUUACAGUUAGAAAGGUAGCUUUUGUACUGAAUCUAAUUGCAGCUGUACCUAAUUUUCUGACCUUUGAAUGAAUGCACUCGAUGUAUUUAUUUUCGUGUUCCUACCCUUAUUUGAAACAAAUCUUAAAUGUUUAUUAAUUAUGCAGUAAAUACAGCUGGGGCUAUUGCACAUACCGGACAGUGUGUGUAUACUGUAAAUGUUCAAGACAACAGUUCGUGUUUCUUGUCAGUGAAGGGUACCAGUUAUGUGCUUUAGUGCAAAAAUACAUAAUAUUACUAAUAUUGCCUCUUGAUUUGUUGUCAGAGUGACAAAUUGGUGUGGAGUUGUUGCAUGGAAUCAUAAUGUAACAGAGUCUACUUUUAUGAAUAAAUCAACUUGCUGAUUGAAAUACUGAACUAUUGAGCAGAACACUGUAGAAGACCUUCACACACCAAUCCUUUAUUCACCCAGUUUUGAUCAUUUCUAAAACUUACAAUAAUAAUGUAGAAUUUCUCUGUUUAGUUCAUCCACAACUGCAUGAGAAGAAACUGCUACAUCCUUCACCAAUUCCUGAAGCUGUACAGCAAGGGUUUGGUCUCAAGAUUGGUAGGGACGAUAUGGCACAACCUGCAUUUUUUUGCUGGGGAUGGGACAUUCAUGAUCAAUUUCAACUAAAUCUGUAUUGACUUGUACUAACUUUUAUGUGUAUACCUUCAGCCUACACCAUUAAAUUAAAACCUUUUAUUUCAAAAACUACUAAAAAACAUUUCGAAAACCUACGGGAAAAAAUGUCCAGGUAUUAUGAGCAAAGUUAAAUCGGAUUAUUUGAACAUAAAUUAUAUUAACAUACACAAUAAAUACAAGCUUGUUAAUCAUCUCGUAACUAUCCAGGAAUUAAAAGAACAACAUUUGUCUUCAGCUCACUCAACAUCGUCUACAUAAAGAAAUUAAAUAUAACUGAAAAAACGUAUUUGACAUGGAAUAACAAAAAUAAAUACAAAUGGAGCUGUCCUUCAGGUAAAACACCGCUGCUUUUGUCCACAAGCACUGCCAAACGCAACCAAAAAAAGGAAAGCUCUUAUGAAAGCUGCUUUAAGACCACAUAAAUAAAAUUUAAAAAAUUGGGGAGAAGGGUUAAACAUCAGUUCACUAUAUUUCUCACAGUUAACGUUAACAGUAGAAAACAUACAGAAGGACUCUUCUCUCUAAGCAGCUUCGCACUCGAGUUUUGCACGUUAGCAAGUUCACACAGUUUAAUUUUAUGCUAACUCUGAUGCAGGUCGGACUUUCAGUAGCAAAAUUAAUGGUGUGUUCCUCACUUCCAAAACAUUGAUAUCUUUUUACAUUUCUUACAGUGGCUGCUGUUGGCUGGAAAAAAAAACUUCUAAUAUCCUUCGUAUCUCUAAUAUCUGAUGUGUGUUGGGUCAAUUCAUCAGACAAUCAAAUGUUUAGGAGGGGAAAAAAUAGACUGGCACAUUCAGCAAGUGAAAAGAGGUACAUGUAAGUCUGAACAUCAUUAAAAAAAAAUUCAGUUAAUAAUGGUGGUGUCAAUUACAACAAUUAAAAAAAUUGGCAAGACAAUCUAAAUGAACUGAAGUCAUUAUAUAACGCAAAUAAGGUUGCUUAAAAGUUGGUGGGGACAAUUUGAGCAUCCUAAAAAGUUGGUAGUGUUUUGUCCCUACCGUCCUGAUGCAAACCUACACCCUUGCAGUAUUAUUUGAACUCUUGCUAAACGAUUUAGGUGAAGGCAAGAAUAUUUGCAUAGCCCCAUUGAUCACUGGCAACUUAAACAUGAAAGGAAUCGUUUUAAACCAAUCUCCUAAUACUUUUUGGAAAAGCAGAUUUUUUUUUUUAAAUCUCGGAACGUUUGUGUGUACCAUAUGUGGUGUCCUUUGGUGCUUUGGCCAGUAGAUGGCCCCAUUUGGUCAGUUAUUGCUGCGUGGUUACUGUGUGCCACGCCCACCUUCUCGAAUGAUAAUAAACAGACCUCUUCAUCUGCUCAACUACUCCAUAUAGAGCUUCAACAAUACAGAACAAUAAAUUUUUGGGAAACUACCAUUGUUAAACAUGUGAAAUGUACUCUACAACACCGGCUUUUUUUUUUUUAAUGCAUCAAUGACCCUUUUCACAGCAGCUUUUGACUUUCAUGGCUCCUUUUACAAAUAAAUAGGAAGAAAUGUAGAUGAUCCAUGUAAAAACCAAAUUUGGUGGCGACUUUGAGACAGUAUUGUUCAUUUGUCUGAUUCAAACUGAGAGAUGGCCAAAAAACUGUGUGUGCGGGGUUCCUUUGAGAACACACGCUUCCAAGCCAGUUAAAUUAGUGUCACUUUUAAAUUUUAAUUAAAAAAAAAAGCUUUGUGAUAAUAAUCGGCGUCUUUGUGCCGUAGCCGGUUUUUAAUUAAAUGAUGAUGAAAGAAAACAAAUCCACUAAAGGCCAACCUUUUCUGUGAAAUGAAAUGCCUCCUCAUGGUGUAAUGAUCAAGCGCUGUUUAAUAUGAACUUUUAAUGUUAACCAGAGCAAAAUCAACUACUUGGCAAUAUGCGUAUUUCAGGCAUUCCUCAGGCCACUGCCACCUUUUUCUUAGAUUUUUAGCACUUUUUUUUUUUUUUUUUUUUUUUUAAGGAGAAAUUGGCAAACGUGCUUUAAAGUGUAAUUAGGGUAACUGAGCCUAUUUGCUAAUUACAGUAGCUGGUGACAAACACAAGCUUUUUAAGCUGUAUUUAUUUACUUAUAUAGCCAACGAUUACUGUCAUGGAGUGGUGUUAUAAUGGUUUGCUUUGAAAGUGGUUGCAUUUAGUUUUAAUGAUUUAGAUGGAUACACUGCCCUCUAGCGUCAAAAGUGAAUAUGACAUCACUCAUUCAACAUGGCUGAAUCCACCUGCUCCCUGUUAAGACUAACAUAAGCUAAUGUAUUUUUUUUAUGCAUUUGUAAUUUAGUUUAGAUAUAUUUAGCUGUUUUUGUGGGAGUG